AUGACCCAAAGGGGUGGUUCCACCGGUGAAUGUCAACAAUCACAUUGGGGAAUGUUCGGAAAUGUUUGUUGCAAUGGUGACUCUGAAACGUGCAGCUACUGUCGCCUGUCGGAGAGUAGUGACACGUACGAAUGUCCCGACAGCACGGACGACGAGAGAUCCUCUUCAUCGUGCGACAACACCAGGAGACCUCGUCUCACUCGAGCACUUUCAAUCGACCACAACACUCCUUCGAAGUCUCGUCCUUUGAGACGUUCUUCUCCCGGAGAGUAUCUGCGACACAAAAGAGACCAGAUGGAGAAGUUGCGCAACGAGAGGCUUCACUCUCCCGGUCGCAAACAACGGACCCACUUCCACGGGAGCGAUUCUGAUUCCCGGAAGCAGAGGUCCAGCCAUCCUGUUUCUCCCUCACGAAACCGCCAGAGACCCUCUUAUAGACGGAGUGUCUCGGAAGAACCAAACACAACUCAGCAGAUCCAAAGAGAAUCUUCCAGCGGAUCGAACUCUGAGGGGAAGCUAGAAACAUCGUUUUCGAGAACGAAUCACUUCAAAGGAAGUGACCCAUCGGGAAUCGCCACUCUCAGGAAAUCCAGUAGCCGAGAGAGAAAUGGGUCCAGCGUGGUUUGGAAUCACCCUGCGGACGAGUCGACACCCUUCGUGACUGCCACUUUCUCGUGUGCGGUGUGUGAAUGCGACAUUCCCUUCACGAACUGCGCCCUGUGCAGUGCAGAACAAUCAUUUGGGAGUGUGACCGGUGAGUGCGAUGUGUUCGCGAGCAAUGAUUCCAAACAAGUCGAAGUCAUUCCUCAGGAUUCGAAAGAUAAGGAAGAGUUGGAGGAAUUUUACGACAAUCCAAAGCCAACGAGCAGUCCGAAACUGAGGAGAUCUCCGGAAGAAAGACGAAUCCAGUUGACGUCCAAAGGAAAGAGCUUCAACCAGGAAGAGGAUGCAGCACACUCAGAGAGACGGAGGAGUAUCCAACUGCGGAAGUACAACUCAGAGCCAGCACCCGAUAGAGAGACUUCUCCUCCCACGAGCAGAGAGAGCCAGUCAGACAUCCGUAUCUCAUCUACAGAACACCCAAGAUCCGAGAGCUGCAGCAGCAGAAAAAGCGGUUUUCACAUUGCAAAGGAGAGUUCAAGAACAGAUGAUGAAACUUGUAGGAGUUCGUGCUCGACAACCCUUGAAGAUGAGUCAUCGAUGAAGAGUCGCGCCCUCUCUCCUGAAAUUCUUGUCGAUGAUAUAAACUCCAGAAAGAGUCCCAACUACCUCGUGCCGGAGUUUGUAUUUGAGCCUGAAAUCAUUCAUAAAGCAAAUCCCCUGGUGGAUGAAGCGGAAGUGGACAUGCUGCCAUCGGCUAGGGAAGCCUUCCGGCGCUUGUCCACCGAUGAGUACUUGUCCACUGUGAGUAUCCACGAGGCAGCUGGAAAAGGUGACCUCCAUGUCGUUAAACUCCUCACCAAGAAGGACACAAAACAAAUGGAAACUGUUGAUGAGAGAGGUUGGACACCCAUUCAUCUUGCAGCAGCUCAUGGACAUUCAGAAGUUGUUAAGUAUUUGGCUGGAGAGGGUGCCCACCUGUCAGCUUUAGAUCCGAGCAGUUAUACUGCCCUCCAUCUGGCAUCCAUGAAUGGUCACAAUCAUGUGCUCGAGGUUUUGCUACCGAUGGGUGUAGACGUUGAUUCUAUUACUGCUGAAGGAUUCUCCGCUCUGCAUCUGGCUGUUAUGAAUGGUCACUUGGAGUGCAUCUCAACUCUUCUGCAGUGGGGCGCUAGUCUUGAAAAAAGGGACGCCCUAGGCAGGGGCGUCUAUGAAAUGGUGGAAGAGUACAAUUUAGAUGAUGUGGCUGUUGUUCUGAGGAAAUUCCACAAGCAACUACACAACUUCAAACAUGUUCUGGAUUACAUGAAGAACAGGAAGGAAGACAGGAGUACGUCAGAAAUCCCUCAAGAAUUCAUGGAUAUUUUAGCUUCGAUUGCGGAAGAAAGCGGAACCGAAUGACAGAUGGGGCGUGGCUUAUAAAAGCUCACGCCCUUUUUUGAAGCGGCCUGGAUUUGAAUCUCCAGUCAACUAUCCAACAGCCCAAUAUGAGCUUGAAUUGCAGAGCAAAACGUUAUAAAUCAGUGAGAAACAAAAGCACACACUUUUUUCUUCUUUUUUUAAUACAGUAUUCUGAAAGGAAAAAAAAAUCAACAACACAAGUGGAGCGUUCUGCUCCAACACUUUUGAACUAGAUUUUGAUUGAUUUAGAUUUUCAGAAGUCUAAUAUUUUUAAAAUAUUUGAUAAAGAAAUGCAAAAGUAUCUAAUUUUUGUUAAACUCUCUCAAUGACAUCACAACAAUAAUGGGAACAGGAAAAUACACACAAGUGAUAACAAAUGAAGAAUUUAUUUUCAAUAGCUUCUAGUCACCAAUUCUAGAGUUCUUGCGAGAUUGAAGUGUCUUCUGAUGGAUUAUUUAUUAACUUAUCUUCUACAUAUCAUUCUAUUCAACUUUUUCUCAACAUGUUUCGAUACUCAUACACGAUAUGAAAUUCUUUUUGUGACUUGGUAGAAUUAGAUCCAUGCAUAGAUAUUUCUUAAUACUGAAGGACAAUCAAUCUGUUUUACAUUUAAACCCUAAUUAAUGUACAACAAAUUAAUUUAAAAAAACUGUUUUUGAACGAUAAGUGCAAGACGUAGGAACACAAAAGUAACAAUCAUGGAAUUUUAAAGUAGUUAGAAACUAUGUAUUAAAUCCAUUUUAAAUGGCGAUUACGUAUGACAUAGUGUCUUGGAAAUCUUAACAUUUUUAGCUCAGAGUUCUGUAAACGGAUUUCUUUCGUGUAAAAUGGUGUAGAAACGUUGACACUAUAUCAAAUAGUGCGCUAAUUUCCCAGUAAGUGGAGCUGAAGCUCAAGAAAUGUUCAUACUUUUCACUGCAGCUUUUAAGAUUUUACUAUUUUUACAGCUGAUAAAAGAAUCACGUAACCGAUUAGACUAAUCAUUCUGUUUAUUUGUGUUCAGAUUAACAACUUUGGGGAAUCGGAACACGAAAUCAAAAACGGAAAAUUUUCAUUUUCAUUGAGUUUGUGCAAAAGACGAACUUACAUUCAAUGGUUUGUCCUAUUAAAACAUCAUUUACCCUAAACAGAAAGUGUCCCUUUUGUCGCUAGUUUUUGACUGUUUUCAAAGUUUCUUUCAGCCAGAUUCGUUUUCCAGAAAUGCCAAUUGCUCCGGCUGCGGGUGGGUGACCACUUGGAUCAGUCUGAGCAGGGACCGAGGGUGUGCGGAAUUGGUCCUCGUUAAACUGUUAUAUCGUAA